UUGGAGAGUGUUAAAAUGUCUGGACGCGGAAAGCAGGGCGGCAAGGCUCGCGCCAAGGCCAAGACCCGUUCGUCGCGGGCCGGGCUGCAGUUCCCGGUGGGCCGCGUGCACCGCCUGCUCCGCAAGGGCAACUACGCCGAGCGGGUGGGGGCCGGCGCGCCGGUGUACCUGGCGGCCGUGCUGGAGUACCUGACGGCCGAGAUCCUGGAGCUGGCGGGCAACGCGGCCCGCGACAACAAGAAGACGCGCAUCAUCCCGCGCCACCUGCAGCUGGCCAUCCGCAACGACGAGGAGCUCAACAAGCUGCUGGGCCGCGUCACCAUCGCGCAGGGCGGCGUCCUGCCCAACAUCCAGGCCGUGCUGCUGCCCAAGAAGACCGAGAGCCACCACAAGGCCAAGGGCAAGUCUAGAGGGAGCUUCGGUCUGAGACUUGGCUUUCGAUGGAUUUGCCAACGAAGCUUUACCCAGCCUGUGGCCCGGAACCUUCUCAAAUGGUCAGUGAAGAAAAUUCCCAGGGAGGCUCAGCUCUCAAACCAUCCUUGAAGUAUUAAUAAAGAACCUUAGCAAAUUGACUCUCGACCCUAGUAUCAAACUUCUUCCCCUCUACCAGAAUAUCCACCCCAACAGCAGGACAGGGAGAAGGAACCACAGGGACUUGUGGCCCGAAUACUCAGCAUCAGGAGGAGGGGUGGAGUAAGGACUGUGUUAACUGCUCGGAAAGAAACGAUGGAAAAGGCUGAUGUCGUUUAUUAAAGACCAUCGCUAGUUCAGCCAGCAUUCCACGGGUGAACCCAGAGUGGAAGGAUCUAGAUGUAGAUGUCAUUAUUGCCUGUAUCCUAGACCUCCUGAGGAUACCAGCACGGAGAAUAAUUAUGACAUCGAGUCUAUGUAAACAUAAAUCUUAUACGGUGUUUUUCUUGCUGGUAAUUUUAGAAUCCGUAUGCAGCAGCUUGGGAGAGCUGUUCUGUCAUAGACACACUAUGAUAUUUUGAUAAUCUGUGAUAUUAGCUCUGUGUUGUCUUUUCUACCUUGGUACCAACAUUUUGUGAGGAAUCCUGUA